CUCACUCCUCUGUUCUCCGUUCUCCUCAGAUUCCUCCUCCCGCCCUCCCUCCCUCUCUGCCGUCGUCGAUUGGUUAGAUCUCGCAUCGAAGCGACUCGAAUAGAGAUCUGACGCUCGAUUCCCCUCAAACGCCGAGAUCUCCUCUUCCUGAUCCGGUUUUGAUCUCUGUGUUCUACAGAUCUGUAAGGGAACCCAUCCCUGAUGGGUCUUGCUUCCGGUUUCGGCGCUAAGAUGGGAUCUCUUCGCGGAUUUGGCCUCUGGUUGCUGGUCUCCUGCCUCGCCAUCAUCCGAUCUGGCGACGGGUUCUACCUCCCCGGCAGCUACCCCCACGAGUAUCAGGUCGGCAAUCUUCUCUCCGUGAAGGUGAACUCCCUCACCUCCAUCGAGACCGAGUUGCCCUUCACCUACUACAGCCUUCCCUUCUGCCGCCCCCCGGAGGGCAUCAAGGACAGCGCCGAGAACCUCGGCGAGCUCCUCAUGGGCGACCGCAUCGAGAACUCUCCCUAUCGUUUCAAGAUGUUCACCAACGAGUCCGACAUCCUCCUCUGCCGAACCGAUCCGCUGUCAGCCAAGGACUUCAAUCUCCUCAAGAAGCGGAUCGACGAGAUGUACCAGGUCAAUGUGAUCCUCGACAACCUCCCGGCGAUUAGGUACACGAGGAAGGGCGAUUUCCUCCUCCGGUGGACAGGGUACCCGAUCGGUGUCCGGGCGGGCGACGCCUACUACCUCUUCAAUCACCUCAAGUUCACCGUUUUGGUGCACAAGUACGAGGAAACCAACGUGGCGAGGGUGGUGGGCAGCACCGGGGACGCGGCCGACGUGAUCCAGACGACAGACAAGUCGGGAUCCGGCAAGCCCGGGUGGAUGGUGGUCGGAUUCGAGGUUGUGCCGUGCAGCUUCCUGCACAAUGCCGAGUCGGCCAAGAACCUGAAGACGUACGACAAGUACCCGGCGAAGAUCCAGUGUGAUCCUACCACCGUGGCCAUGAAGCUGAACGAGAACCAACCUGUGGUCUUCACCUACGAGGUUGCCUUCGUCGAGAGCGACAUCAAGUGGCCGUCCCGAUGGGAUGCUUACUUGAAGAUGGAAGGAGCGAAGGUUCACUGGUUCUCAAUACUCAAUUCGCUGAUGGUGAUUGCUUUCCUGGCCGGCAUUGUUCUUGUGAUCUUACUGAGAACCGUCCGAAGAGAUCUCACCCGGUACGAAGAGCUGGACAAGGAGUCGCAAGCGCAGAUGAACGAGGAGCUCUCCGGGUGGAAGCUUGUCGUCGGGGACGUCUUCAGGGCUCCGAGCCACCCGUUGCUGCUUUGCGCGAUGGUAGGUGAUGGAGUGCAGAUACUCGGUAUGGCGGUCGUGACCAUCUUGUUCGCCGCACUUGGAUUCAUGUCGCCUGCGUCCCGCGGAACCCUUAUCACGGGGAUGCUGUUUUUCUACUUGAUCCUCGGAAUUGCAGCAGGAUACGUUGCUGUCAGGAUGUGGAAGACGAUCAAUGUCGGAGAUCACUCUGGAUGGGUCUCCGUCUCCUGGCGUGUCGCUUGCUUCUUCCCUGGUAUCGCCUUCUUGAUCUUAACAACACUAAAUUUCCUGUUGUGGGGUAGCCACAGCACCGGAGCGAUUCCGUUCUCCUUGUUCGUCGUGCUGCUGUUGCUCUGGUUCUGCAUCUCGGUUCCGCUUACUCUCGCCGGUGGUUUCAUCGGUGCCAAGGCACCACAUAUCGAGUAUCCUGUCCGCACAAAUCAAAUCCCUCGCGAGAUCCCUCCACAAAAGUACCCAUCUUGGCUGCUGGUCAUCGGAGCAGGGACUUUACCCUUCGGCACCCUGUUCAUUGAGCUCUUCUUCAUAAUGUCUAGCCUUUGGAUGGGCCGAGUCUACUACGUCUUCGGCUUCCUGUUGAUCGUCUUGAUUCUUCUGGUCGUCGUCUGUGCCGAGGUAUCUCUGGUCCUCACCUACAUGCACCUAUGUGUGGAAGACUGGAAAUGGUGGUGGAAAUCCUUCUUCUCCUCAGGAUCAGUGGCUCUAUACAUCUUCCUAUACUCGGUGAAUUAUCUGGUAUUCGAUCUUAAAAGUUUAAGCGGCCCUGUCUCUGCCACCCUCUACCUUGGCUACUCAUUGUUCAUGGUCAUUGCCAUCAUGCUUGCUACUGGCACGGUUGGAUUCAUUUCAUCCUUCUGUUUUGUUCACUACCUCUUCUCAUCCGUCAAGCUAGAUUGAGCUACCACUUCUUGUUCCUUAAACUCGAAGAACGUACUUGCUAGUGGGUGCUAUCUUGAAUGGGGAGCUUGGACAGUCUAUAGAACACAUACUACCUCAUUUGUAUCUUGUUAUUUUUCAUUGGCAAUAACUGUGGCUAUACCAUUUUGUCACCUGCAUUUUAAGAACCUUUCUCUGUCAUAGAAUGUGUAUCAGUCGAACUAUCAUUUUUUUUCUUCGUUGUUGUCUCUUUUUUCUAUUGUUUGUUAAGCUGUAAACAUAGUCAGCCAAUGCAUUUGUUUUCAUGAAUAA